GUAGUGCGGGAGUAUGAGAGAGCCAUCGUUUUCCGACUUGGCCAUCUCCUUCCUGGCAGAGCCAGAGGGCCUGGCCUUUUCUUUUUCCUUCCCUGUCUGGACACAUAUCACAAGAUAGACCUCCGCCUCAAAACCCUAGAGAUCCCCUUCCAUCAGGUGGUGACCAAAGACAUGGUUACCUUGGAGAUAGAUGCCGUCUGCUACUACCGAUUGGAGAAUGCCUCUCUUCUCCUCACCACCCUGACCAGCAUCUCCAGUGCCAUCCAGCUGCUGGUGCAGACCACCACGAAGCGCCUCCUGGCACAUCGAGCCUUCUCUGAACUUCUCUUGGAGAGGAAGACCAUCAGCCAGGAGAUAAAGGUAGCUUUGGAUGCGGUCACGGGCUGCUGGGGGAUCAAAGUGGAAAGAACAGAAAUCAACAACGUGCAGCUGCCUGCUGAAGUCCGGCAGUCCCUGGCUGUGGAAGCAGAGGCCCAGAGACAGGCCAAAGUGCGGGUGAUCGCUGCUGAGGGGGAAAAGGCUGCUUCUGAGUCCCUGCGGAUGGCAGCUGAGAUCCUGUCCAGUGCCCCUGCUGCUGCUCAGCUCCGUUACCUCCAUGCACUGCACUCCCUUACUGCGGAGAAACCUGCUGCUUUCAUCUUGCCCUUGCCUUUGGAUGCCAUGAAUCUGGUCUCUCCAGCUACCCACAGUCCUCCAGCAGUGAGCAGCCUCCUCGCAGAUGCCACAAAGCUCCCAGAAAGCCCGAAAGACAAGAAGGACUCACCCAUGCUCUAA